CUCCUGAGGGAAGGAAGCGUGAGAGGAGGCAGAGGGCGCCAUAGAGCGGAGGAGGAAGGACAGUCCAAUAGACAGGCGAGCGAGAGGCAUCUGCUGCUGCUUCUUCUCGGCUGAGGCAUGGACGGGCGAGGUCGGCUCUGGGCGCUGGUCCUGCUGCUCUGCGGCGCCUUAUUGCCGCCGAGCGCCUUCUGCCUCCCGAGCCUCGGAGCUGAGGAGGCCGAGGCGGAGGCGGAGGCCCCGGCAGGAGGAGGAGGAGGGGGCAGCCCCGGAGCCAACCGCCGCCGCCGCCUGAGCCAGGAGGACGGCAUCUCCUUCGAGUACCACCGCUACCCGGAGCUGAGGGAGGCUCUGGUCUCGGUGUGGCUGCAGUGCCCCUCCAUCUCCCGCAUCUACAGCGUGGGGCGCAGCUUCGAGGGCAGAGAGCUGCUCGCCAUCCAGAUCUCCGACAACCCCGGCGAGCACGAGCCCGGAGAGCCAGAAUUCAAAUAUGUUGGGAACAUGCAUGGAAACGAAGCUGUUGGAAGAGAGCUUCUUAUCUUCUUGGCUCAGUACCUGUGCAAUGAAUACCAGAAGGGAAAUGAAACGAUCAUCAACUUGAUCCACAGCACACGUAUCCACAUCCUGCCAUCCCUGAAUCCGGAUGGGUUUGAGAAGGCAGCAUCACAGCCAGGUGAACUCAAAGACUGGUUUGUUGGCCGAAGUAAUGCACAGGGGAUAGACCUCAACCGAAAUUUCCCUGAUCUGGAUAGGAUAGUUUAUGUCAAUGAGAGAGAAGGUGGUCCAAACAACCACUUACUGAAAAACCUGAAGAAAGCUGUGGAUCAGAACCCAAAGCUUGCACCUGAAACAAAAGGAGUGAUUCAUUGGAUCAUGGAUAUUCCUUUCGUACUGUCAGCCAACCUUCAUGGUGGGGAUCUUGUAGCAAAUUAUCCAUAUGACGAAACCCGUUCUGGUAGUGCUCAUGAGUAUAGCUCUUGCCCAGAUGAUGCAAUUUUCCAAAGUUUAGCUCGAAGCUAUUCAAGCCUCAAUCCAGCCAUGUCGGAUGCAAACAGGCCACCAUGUCGCAAGAAUGAUGAUGACAGCAGCUUUAUAGAUGGGACAACCAAUGGUGGUGCAUGGUAUAGUGUUCCAGGAGGAAUGCAGGAUUUCAACUACCUCAGCAGCAACUGCUAUGAAAUCACUGUGGAGCUUAGCUGUGAAAAAUUCCCUCCUGAGGAAACACUGAAAAGUUAUUGGGAGGACAACAAGAAUUCACUCAUCAAUUACAUUGAACAGAUACACCGAGGGGUAAAAGGAUUUGUUAGAGAUCUUCGGGGCAAUCCUAUUGCUAAUGCCACCAUUUCUGUGGAGGGGAUCAAUCAUGAUGUUACAUCAGCCAAGGAUGGCGAUUACUGGAGAUUGCUUGUACCUGGAAAUUAUAAAGUGACUGCAUCAGCACCAGCUUACCUAGCAAUAACUAAAAAAGUGGCAGUCCCUUUCAGUCCUGCUGUCCGGGUUGAUUUUGACCUGGAAUCAUUGUCUGAAAGAAAAGAAGAAGAAAAGGAAGAGCUAAUGGAAUGGUGGAAGAUGAUGUCAGAAACUUUAAACUUUUAAGCAAAAUUUACAGCUUUUAAUCUGUUACGUGUUGACUUAGUAUAAUGUACUGUGGAAAGUCCCUAUAUUUUAGAUUUUGUGUAGCUCACCAUAUUUAACUUCAGGUUUUUUUGAGCAUUUUUUUUAAAAAAACAAUAAUCUGCUCUACAUAAAGAGAAAUUGCUAGAUACUGUCACAGCAUCAUUCACUAUCCUACACAUCCUACAUACUCAACACCGGGGGUGGGGUAGGGUGGCGGGCAGGGAAAAUACCUGAAUGAAAGUCUCAUCUUCCUAACCCAAAUACAAAGUUGGGUGUUUCACUUACAAAUCCUGAAUGUGUAGGUAGAAUACAUUUUUGAAAACUAUAGGAAGUAGCAGUUGCUUGCAGCUACUGCCAAAAAUAUUUGGUAAUGCAGGUGAAUAGAUAAUGUUCUCUAAUGUCUUCUGAAUAAUGGCUCUCAAAUUGUAUUGAGUACGAUUUGGUAUUGUGUAAGUAAUGCUUCACUGCAGUUAAAGAGUGUGUAUGUCUCUGUGGAAAAGCCAUGUAAAGUAAGAAUCGUGUGUAUUUGGGUUCCAUUUACUGACACAGAAAUAAUACUCCAUUGUUCUUUCUUAAAAGAGGAACUCGUACAUCAUUUUCUCCCUUAUUCUGUCCAGUAAUGUUCCCAAGUCACUUUGUCAUCAGAUUAAAAAUUCUGGAUGGAUAAAGACUGAAGAAAUAAAUAAUGUGUGUAUGUUA